GCCAUGGCUUGCCUUGGAUUCCAGAGGCAAGAGGCAGUGCUAGACCUGGCUUCCAGGACUUGGUCCUGCAUCAUCCUGUUUUCUCUUCUCUUCAUUCCUGUCUUCACCAAAGAUGCUGAUCCAUGGUGUUCAGUUGAAACAAAGCUCUUUAGAGGUUGAUACCAGGAAUGUUACGUGGCUGGAAAUGAUGAGUAUUUCCCCCGAAUGCUCUUCCACCUUAUCUCUCUCUAGAACUUUUUGGUUAAGAAACCAUGUAGUUUGUAAUAAGUAUAGUUGCUCAAAAGAUGUUUAAUGAUUUAAUUUUUACUGAAGAAAUACUCAUAUAAUUUUCUUAUAUUGAAUAUAUAAAAAUUAAAUACCCUUAGAAGCAUUCAAAUUUCCCAGAGGAAAUUUAUAUCAACUUGUAACUAGGAACCUUCCACGAUGGAUGCUGGAAAAUUGAGUGAGACGAGAUUUGGUGAUGAUACAUGUGAGCUCACCUGGGGGUGGGGUGGGACAUUUAGUACUCUUUAGGCUUAGCGUCAAUAAAAUAAAGAUUAUUAAGUGCUAAUUUGGGCAAGAUACAACUACUACUCUCAUGAGCCAGAGACAGAAGAGGGAGGAAAUAUGAUCAGCCCACAACAAUUUUAAUACAAGACAAAAUUUCAUUUAGUAACACAGUGGACUUAACAAAGUGCAAAGGGUGCUCAGAGGACAUUGCCAAAUAGGAAAAGAUGAGGGUUGGGAAAGGAGAUUGGAUCUAGCCAGUCAGAACUUCUGGGAUAGCUCAGACAAUGACUGCUGCCAUAUUGUUCUCUCUCCUGAAGACAGAUGUUGUCCAAUACAGGUGCUUGGUGUAAGGGACUAGUGUCUCUACUAUAGGGUGACAUAUAAGCAGGAUGGACUAUCCUGGAAACUCAGACUGGAAUUAGGGAGGACAUUAAAGUUAUUCAUUUGUUUUUGUGAUCAGUGUUAGUAAAGCAUCAAAGGAUUGCUACAUAUGAGUGACAUCAUUCAAUACAAGUUUUGGGUUUCACUUGUAAGACAAACUAGAGGGGGCCAGGUUAGUUACAGGAAGAUAAUUUGACACGAAGCCACCAUUUUUUAGAUGACACAAGCCUCUUUGUAUGAAGAGCCAGCCUCCUUUAUCUGGUAGAAGCCAGAGGGAAAGACAAAACGAAGGAGUACAGGAGCAUUCAGAUGAAGGAGAGAGGAAGGGCAGGGAGGCAGAGGUGUUGGCAGUGGCAGGGGAAGCCCACAGAAGUUAACAGCAGGGUUGCCUCAACCUAGAGAGGAAACGACCUGGUGCCCUCAGCUCUGUGGCUUUCUUCUUCUAAAGUGUGUCCCACUCUACAACAAUGAUACUGGGGAAGUGGGUGGCUUGUCCAGUGUACCAAGGCUUAGCUACUCCUGGGUGAUAGAGGUAUAGGGCCCAGUGAAAUAUGUAGGUAGAGGUUUUUCAGGUGUGCUUUGAGAGAUAAGGCGAGGUUCUGUACCUCAGCCACUAGAAUUCUCCCUACUACUCAUUAUAGUUCCUAAGCUAUAGUUCCGUAGUCUUAUUGUAACCUUAGGAUACCAGAGGGGAAGGCAGUUUGAUAGCAUCUCUUCUGAUCCUCUCUUACUAUAUGUGUGAAGGCCCUGGGGAGGGCAUAACUUGCCCCAAACCCAUAUUUCAUGGUAGAUCCAGGUCUUCUGUUUGCUAUGUCAGUGUUCUUCCUGCUACAACCAACUGUCUUGAUGAAACUAUUUCCCAAUAAGGAAACUUCUUUAUGAAGAGUAGCUAGAAGGUGGUUGAAAGAUGCAGGGGAGGCUGAGAAGAACAGAAGAGCAGUAAGGGUGAUGGAUUUCUUGAAGAGAUUCAGAAGAGAUGGAGAAGGCUCCUCAGGGAUAAGUCUUUCCUGGCCAGAGGUCUUGGGUGGGCCUGGCUACAGAUGAGCAUAAAUUCAAUGAGUUUCCUUUGGCUUUUCCAUGUCAGCAAUGCACGUGGCCCAGCCUAAAGUGGUCCUGGCCAGCAAUCGGGGUGUUGCCAACUUUGUGUGUGAAUAUGAGCCUUCAGGCAAAGCUGCUGAGGUCCGAGUGACAGUGCUGCGGCAGGCCAAUGAUGAGGUGACUGAAGUCUGUGCUGUGUACAUGACGGGGGACGAGUUGAACUUCCUAGAUGAUUCCAUCUGCACUGGCACCUCCAGUGGAAACAAAGUGAACCUGACCAUCCAAGGGCUGAGGGCCAUGGACAUGGGUCUCUACAUCUGCAAGGUGGAGCUCAUGUACCCACCACCCUACUACAUGGGUGUGGGGAACGGAACCCAGAUUUAUGUCAUUGACCCAGAACCAUGUCCGGAUUCCGAUUCCCUCCUCUGGAUCCUUGCAGCAGUUAGUUCAGGAUUGUUUUUUUACAGCUUUCUCCUCACAGCUGUUUCUUUGAGCAAAAUGCUAAAGAAAAGAAGCCUUCUUACAACAGGGGUCUAUGUGAAAAUGCCCCCAACAGAGCCAGAAUGUGAAAAGCAAUUUCAACCUUAUUUUAUUACCGUCAACUGAGAGACCAUUAUGAAGAAGAGAGACCAUAUUCCAAAUUCUAAGAGCUGAGGCAA